AUGCGCACUUUAAACACGUGGUGGACUCCCGAUAGGAGCGAGUGCGUGGCUUAUCCUCAGUAUCCUCAGAAGAAAUGGACAUUCCUGGAGGUUGAAACUCGAGCAAAAUUUGAGCCCGAGCUUCAGGCCUAUGCGGCUGGAUACCUUGAAGGUGUACUCUCCCGCGAAGUGCUUCAUUACCACAUUCAAAACACAGUAGAGACUUACUGCACGAAUUUCACGCAGUACUGUGAUCGAAUGAAGGAAUUUGUUGGCCAAAACCAGGAUUACAUCAAGCAAACGCUCGCCUCCACGUCUAGAGAUGACAUGUACUGGUCGGCAGUCAAUCGCACGUACUACCAGCUCACUGGCUUGAUCGAUGGUUAUGAAGCUCGAUCCAUUACACCUCGAAUAACCUAUGAAAUGCAUGCAGUUUUGUACUUAAACUGGAAUGGAGAAUUCUACGACUUGGAGAAGAAAUUGAACAAGACGAGAGAUCCAGUCGAGGACCAAGUGGGAGGCCAUUGCUCUGGACUGAUCAAGGUGGCACCGAAUAAUGCGGAUCUUUUCAUCUCCCAAGUAACCAUGAGUGGAUUCCAAUACAUGCUCAGGGUACUCAAGCUUUACAAGUUUGGCUAUGAGCGUGAAUUCUUCCCGGGUUACGCCACUUCGAUGGCUUCGUAUCCUGGAUUCCUCUACUCAUCAGAUGACUUCGCACUUAUGUCUUCAGGACUGGCUGUCAUUGAGACGACAAUCAGCGUUUUCGACGUAACCCUCUUCAACAAUACCAAAGCUGUCGGUCAACUGCCAACAUGGAUUCGUGCCAUUGUAGCAAACCAAAUGGCUCGCGAUGCGAGAGAGUGGUGUAAGAUCUACGCAAAAUACAACUCGGGAACGUACAACAAUCAAUGGUUUGUACUAAUUCAGGUUUUCAGUCCAUACUUCGACGUUUUCAGAGGCACCGUAGUUUAUCAGGAUCUGACUUGGUUCCUCCAGAAAUACUCCUACUUCCCUUCAUACAACAUCCCCUACUUCAAGAAAAUCACGACCAUCAGUGGUUUCAUCGGCCAGGGAAAGAAACUCGGCGACUGGUUCGUGUGGGGUAAGAGCCCUCGUGCAAGGAUAUUCGAACGUGAUCAUCACACCGUUACUGACAUCGACUCCCUCACUAAACUGAUGCGGUACAACAAUUACACGAACGACGAGUUUUCACGGUGCAACUGCAAUCCCCCAUACUCAGCUGAGGCAGCCGUUUCUGCUCGUGGUGAUUUGAAUCCUGCAAACGGUACCUACGAGUUUCCUGGUCAAGGACAUGUGAACCACGGUGCUCUCGAUUACAAGAAUGACAAAGUGAGACAUAUCGGCCAUCCAGAUGAAUGGAAGUUCGACUGGUUCGAUCUCAAAUGGGAAACCGACAUCAAAGCCUGA